GAGAAGAAGAAUAUUGCGCUUUGUUGAAUUUUAGGUUAUACUAAAUUUCUAUUCUUUCAAAUAUAAUUCUAACAGAUUUGUUACUAAUUUAUAAACAUAAAUAUGGCCCAAAUAUCGGCAACAGAACAAAAAGGAAUGCAACAGAUCGAUCUUACAACAUUAAAUAUACAACAAUUGUAUCAACUGAAACAACAAUUGGAUCAAGAAUUGAAUUUGUUUCAAGAAUCUUUGGCAUCAUUAAAAAUGGCACAAGGGAAAUAUCAAAAUUCCGGGGAAGCUUUGGAGAAAAUUACACCACAAUCUGAGGGACAAGAAAUUUUAGUUCCAUUAACUGGAUCUAUGUAUGUACCCGGUAAACUUCAUGAUACUAAUAAUGUUAUUAUUGAUAUAGGAACAAGGUAUUAUGUAGAAAAGGAUGUUGAAGGUGCUAAAGAUUAUUUCCAAAGGAAAGUGAAAUUUGUUACAGAGCAGAUGGAAAAAAUUCAGUGGUUAGGUUUGGAAAAAAGCAAGAUCAGAGAUGCUGUAGUAGAAAUUGCUGAAAUGAAAGUUGCCCAGCAACAACAGCAACAGAGUUGAGUCUUGAAAAUAAAAAUGUGCAUUUGAUUAUACAUAUUUAUUAUUUCUUUUCAGUUUCGAUAUUAACAUUAUAAUAAUUGUAUUAACAUAAAAUUUUGAAAAUGUU